CCCCUCGUUCUUCCUGCUGGGCAGGAUAAGGUUACGCCGCCGGGGCCUCCUCUGUCGCAGGGAGGAAGGCGGGCCGACACCCUGCCGACUAGGGAGUCGCCACAGUUGGCAGCCGGGAGCCCGUGAGGACGCUGCUCUGCAGGCGGCCUGGAGCAGAGGGUGGGACCCAGAACGCAACCUGAGGCUGGGGUCCCCGCCAUGGCCACGGCCAGGCCUCCCGGGCGCGGCUGCAGAGCCCUGCCCGGAUGGCUGCUCGGUGCUGCGCUGCUACUGGGCCUGCGGCUCUGCAUGGAGUUGCACCGUGAGGGCCCCGGAUCCCCGGGACGCCGCGAUCCCCCGGGACCUCCCCGGCCGCACCUGCUACCUCCGCCCGGCCCUCCACGCAGUGCCAGAAGGAGGCAGGUGACCUACGUGCGUAGCGGGCGCCGAGCGCUGCCCCGGGGUGGUGGGACCACGACACCGGAGCCGAGCUGUUGCACCCUACGCGGGCUUCCCCGCAGGAAGGGUCCCCGAUGGCAUAUUGAGCUCCAGCCUUGGGCAGGCCCUGCUCAGUCCCUGGAUGAAGAAGCCUCAAGGUUCCUGAGCUACAUCAGCACCACUCAGAUUGCAUGUGAUCACAUGGGUACAGACAGCUUGGCAACUGACUCCAGCCCUGCAACGAAGCCCUGGCUGGUGUGUCUUGAUGACAGGUUUGGCUUAGCUCAUCAAAUCCGCAGCAAGCGGUGCCGCCUCUACUCCUUAGGCCUGGGAAGUGAUGACACACACUUUGAGGUGAGCAUGGCCAAUGACGGAUGUGAAGUGCAUCGUUUUGAUCCUAGUGUUAAAUCAGCCCAUGUUCUGGAGAGCCAGCGCCUCUGGCAUCACCGGUUGUCCAUCGAUUGGCGUGAUCCACAUCCAGCUGUGGCUGCUCAAAAGCCACAUAGCAACACCAGAAAACUGGGAAGCAUUUUGAAUGAAUUUGGGCAUCACAAGAUUGAUAUUCUCAAGGCGGAUCUGGAAAGUGCAGAAUGGAAAGUUCUAGAAAAUCUUAUUCUAGAAGACGUCCUUGAGCAGAUUGGGCAGCUGGUCUUUGAGAUUCAUCUCCACUGGCCUGGCUUUGAGGUCAGUGGCAGUGAGAGCAGCGUGGUGCGGUUUUGGUACAGCCUCCUGAAGGAGCUGGAGCAGAGAGACUUCAGGCUCUUCCACACCCACAAAGACGUGUCCAAGCCCCAGCUUUUCCUGAAGAAAGACAUCUUCAACGCUAGCAGCUGCUACACCCUGAGUUGGGUGAACACCAGAUGGAAGUAGAACGGAGUCUCCCACACAGUACAAGGAAUCGUUUGCAGAGAGGUGCAUCCAUGCUGCGCGCCUCAGAGUUACGUCUCCAGCUUCCUAAGCCUGUUGCCUGAUUGAGGCAGGUACUGUGUUAUCGUCUCUGUAGUACAUGAAGCCUUGAGCUUGAUGAGCAACAGCAACACGGAUGAACACCUCCACUUUCCCCACCUGAGAUUUUUGUGGGUUUGCCUUUGACAGAUUGGGGGUCUGCCCUCUUCCACCCUCACUUGGAGGGUAGAAAUACCCUGCCUAUGCCGGUUUUUAGUUUCCUUAAAAUUCGUUAUGUAUCUGUAGUUCACCGAUUUACAUUAAAAUGAAUUUGUUAAAAUUUUA